AUGGAUUCCUGGCUGAUCCUUCCAGCACUGAUUGUGAUGACAGGUGUUCCUGGUAGCUGUUUCAUACAGUCAUCCUGGCAGAAUGAUGAAAACGAAGCCGACGUCAUCUUCAAUGACAGCGUAUUAUUUAAAGCAGAAGUUGACAGCAUAAUCGACUGCGCUGAUUCGUGCAAUCUACACACAGUGAAAUGUAGAUCAUUCAGCUAUACUUCCAACACCAAGGAAUGCCGAGGGUACGGUGAUCUUCUACAAGGACGAGAAAGUCAGGCUGGUACUUCACUAUGGAAAAAAGUAUGCAGGAGAGACGAUUAUACGUACGAUCCCGCUUACGAUACAUGCGUGCGGCUCUUCAGUAUUGAAAAGUCUUGGUGGGAGGCAUCAUAUUGGUGUAACAACGACGGAGCAUAUCUGCUAAUUGUCGAUACCGUAGCGAAAAUGCAAGCCACUCAAUCCGGGUUGCACAGCAUUACGUUUCAAACGGAAGACCGAUGGUGGCUUGGCGGGUACGACUAUGAUGCAAGUUCUGUUAACGACUUCCGUUGGAUAAACGGAGAACCAAUCAAUGACACCAGUAUAUUGUGGCAUCCAAACGAGCCAAAUGAUGUUAAUGAACGUUGUAUCAACCUGUACUCACUUUCUGCUUCACUGAAUGACCUUCAUUGUUCAACCCUAGAAUAUUUUGUGUGCCAAGAGGAUUUGUACACAUGA